GAGGAGGAGCCCAGGGGAAGGAGGUCGGGACUAUGCAAAUGGCUUGAGAGGAAGUGAGGAAAGACUACAGGAAUGUGUUUGAGAUUUGAGGGAGAGUUCAGCUGGGAACGUGCUAUCUGCCAAAAGAAAAGUGAGUGAAGGAGAGGAACUCAUACGCACACUAAACGGAUGAAAACAUGCCCCAUUUCACAGUGGUGCCAGUGCAGGACAACUCAGAGUCAAACUAUGACAGUCUGGAGGGAAUAAAUUGGGUGGAUUACAGAGACACAGGACAGGAAGGAUACCCUGGAUAUGGAGACACACUCAGUUCAGAUGGCCAUGGCAAUCAUAAAGAAGACAGUCCCUUCCUCAGCAGUUCAGACUCAGCAUCUAAAAGGAACGACUUCUACGACAGAAACCUGGCCCUGUUUGAGGAAGAGCUGGACAUCCGGCCAAAGGUCUCCUCUUUCCUUAGCCGGCUGGUCAAUUACACAAAUGUUACUCAGGGAGCCAAAGAGCAUGAAGAAGCAGAGAGUGCUGAUGCAUCCAAGAGGAAACUCCCCAAGUCUCCGAAUAUGGGCACACUGAUGGGAGUGUACCUGCCUUGUCUGCAGAACAUCUUUGGUGUGAUUCUAUUUCUGCGCCUAACCUGGAUAGUGGGCACAGCAGGUGUCGUUCAGUCCUUCCUCAUCGUUCUCAUGUGCUGUACCUGUACCAUGUUAACAGCAAUAUCAAUGAGUGCCAUUGCCACCAAUGGAGUUGUACCAGCUGGUGGGGCUUAUUUUAUGAUAUCCCGGUCUCUGGGUCCUGAGUUUGGUGGUGCAGUUGGUCUCUGUUUUUAUCUGGGCACAACCUUUGCUGCUGCCAUGUACAUACUGGGAGCAAUUGAAAUAUUUCUGAAAUAUUUGAUUCCUCAGGCUGCCAUAUUCCAUCCCACAGAUAUUCAUGCAGGCAAUGGUGCAUUGCUGAAUAACAUGCGGGUGUAUGGCACAAUAUGUUUGAGCCUUAUGGCUGUGGUUGUCUUUGUGGGGGUCAAGUAUGUCAACAAGUUUGCCUCCCUCUUCCUGGCCUGUGUCAUAAUUUCCAUUGUUUCCAUCUAUGCUGGAGCUGUCAAAUCCAUCUCCCAUCCUCCUGAGUUUCCGAUCUGUAUGUUAGGAAAUAGGACUUUGGCUCGGGAUCUGUUUGAUACGUGUGGGAAGACGGUAGUUAUCGGUAAUGAGACGGUUCCUAGCAAGCUGUGGAAGAAUUUCUGCAGCUCUGAGAAUUACAGCACAGCUCAUUGUGAUGAGUAUUUUGUGCAGAACAAUGUUACAGAGAUCCAGGGCAUUCCUGGGAUGGCCAGUGGCAUCAUUAAAGAAAACAUGUGGGGGGAUUACAUGGAAAAGGGGCAGAUUCUAGAGAAGGCGAGCCUGCCCUCUGUUGAUGUUCACGGCUCCAUGGAGAGCUUUGGCUUCUACGUGACUGCUGACAUCGGCACAUCCUUUACCCUUUUGGUGGGAAUCUUUUUUCCCUCUGCUACAGGCAUUAUGGCAGGAUCAAACAGAUCUGGAGAUCUGAGAGAUGCACAGAAGUCUAUACCAAUAGGGACAAUUCUUGCUAUUACAACUACCUCUCUUGUCUAUUUCAGCUCCGUGUUACUGUUUGGGGCCUGUAUUGAGGGCGUGGUGCUGAGAGAUAAAUUUGGAGAUGCUGUCAAUAAAAACUUGGUAGUUGGCACUCUUUCUUGGCCCUCGCCCUGGGUCAUUGUGAUCGGCUCUUUCUUCUCUACAGUGGGUGCAGGACUUCAGUCCCUGACAGGAGCUCCCCGCCUCCUGCAAGCCAUUGCUAAAGAUAAUAUCAUUCCUUUCCUAAGAGUGUUUGGACAUGGUAAAGCUAACGGAGAGCCCACCUGGGCUCUGCUGCUGACAGGACUCAUAGCAGAGCUCGGCAUCCUCAUUGCUUCUCUGGAUAUGGUCGCCCCUAUUCUCUCCAUGUUUUUCCUGAUGUGUUAUCUUUUUGUUAACUUGGCGUGUGCAGUACAAACACUUUUAAGGACGCCUAACUGGAGACCAAGAUUUAAAUACUAUCACUGGGCUCUGUCUUUUCUGGGUAUGAGUAUGUGUUUAGCCCUGAUGUUUAUCUCCUCUUGGUACUAUGCCAUUGUAGCGAUGUGCAUAGCUGGUAUGAUCUACAAGUACAUUGAGUAUCAAGGAGCAGAGAAGGAAUGGGGGGAUGGGAUUCGUGGGUUGUCUCUCAGUGCAGCCCGUUACUCUCUCCUACGCCUGGAAGCUGGACCACCACACACCAAAAAUUGGAGGCCUCAACUGCUGGUUCUGUUGAAGUUGGAUGAGGACCUACAUGUGAAGUAUCCCAGAAUGCUUACUUUUGCCUCACAGUUGAAGGCAGGGAAAGGCCUGACCAUCGUGGGAUCAGUGAUACAGGGAAACUUCUUGGAAAGCUACGGGGAAACACAAGCCUCAGAGCAGGCAAUAAAGAACAUGAUGGAGAUUGAGCGGGUGAAGGGGUUCUGUCAGGUGGUGGUUGCCACAAAAGUGAGAGAGGGGAUUGCUCACCUGAUUCAGUCCUGUGGUCUGGGAGGCAUGAAGCACAACACAGUCGUUAUGGGUUGGCCAUAUGGCUGGAGACAGAGUGAAGACCCACGUGCAUGGAAAACUUUUAUCAAUACGGUCCGCUGUACUACAGCAGCCCAUCUGGCUCUGAUGGUCCCAAAGAAUGUAUCAUUCUAUCCCAGCAACCAUGAGCGCUUCACUGAUGGCUACAUUGAUGUCUGGUGGAUUGUUCAUGAUGGUGGAAUGCUAAUGCUCCUGCCUUUUCUCCUCAAACAACAUAAGGUCUGGCGUAAAUGUAAAAUGCGAAUCUUCACUGUGGCCCAAAUGGAUGAUAACAGUAUUCAGAUGAAGAAGGACCUGGCAACCUUCCUGUACCAGCUUAGAAUAGAAGCAGAGGUGGAGGUUGUUGAGAUGCACGACAGUGACAUUUCAGCAUAUACGUAUGAGAGGACACUGAUGAUGGAACAGAGGUCACAGAUGCUAAAACAGAUGAGGCUAUCCAGUGCAGAAAGAGACAGAGAGGCCCAGCUAGUGAAGGACAGACACUCAUUGGUAAGAAUGGGCAGUCUAUACUCGGAUGAAGAUGAGGAAACCAUUGAAGUAUUACCAGAGAAAACUCAGAUGACAUGGACCAGUGAAAAGAUCGAGGCAGAGAGACGAAACAGAAACACUGCACCAGAAAACUUCAGAGAACUAAUCAGCAUUAAACCUGACCAGUCAAAUGUUCGGCGGAUGCACACAGCUGUGAAGCUGAAUGAGGUUAUUGUUAAUAGGUCCCAUGAUGCUAGACUGGUACUGUUGAAUAUGCCCGGUCCACCCCGCAAUCAAGAGGGAGAUGAAAACUCUUUCAGAUAUGGAAUUUCUUGAGGUGUUGACUGAAGGUCUAGAAAGAGUGCUUCUUGUAAGAGGGGGAGGUCGUGAGGUCAUCACCAUCUAUUCCUGAAAGGCCAACAAUCAUCACACACUGUAAACUAUGUGUCUACACCUAAAUCAGUUUUAAAAAAAAUUGUUAUUUAAAAAAUAUACAUACAGAACUGCAGACCAUCUUAUGCCAAUUUAGACAUAUCUGUCAUGAUUAUAAAGGGGUUUAACACAGAAGUGCAAAAUUAGGUAAAUUAAUUUAACUUUAAAUAUAAUGGCAUAUUUGAGCUGUUUCAAAUACCUUUUCAAAUGGACAAAUUCCACAUUCGCACCAUAAAAUUAAUAAUUAGGCCAUUAUUGUGACACAAAAAUAAUAACCUUUUAUUCCAAAUAAGUACAGAUUAUCUCUGUUAAAAGUAAAGCUUUGCCAUUAUAUCUGUGAUGAUGAUGAUGGAGCAACAAGCACUUUCAACAUGUUAACAUUUGAGACUUGCGUAACUGUAACAGUUCAUUAUAUUAACAUGUUUCUAUUCAACUAGAAACAUUGUUUUAUACCCUAGAACAGGGGUGCCCACACUUUUUUGUGUGAUGAUCUACUUUUAAAUGACCAACACAAUAAGAUCUACCAACUAAUAAAUACAGUUUCAUUUAAAAUAAGAAAAUGCUUGUUGGGACUACUGCAUGUAUCCCUACAUGGAAUUAAUCUUCUACUUAAUAAAAAAAUAUAUAACAAUGUUCAAUGUUAAUAUCAUUCAGUUUUAACACUAAACCCAAAACACCUACAGCACAAUAGAUUACAAUAGCCAGGGCAUUUACCUUAUUCUGAUGACGAGUAAAUUUUGACCAGGCGAGGUUUUGUUUAUUCAG